AGGUAAAUCUUUGGCCACGAAAGCCGGAUUGCAUACAGCACCGCCGUCACCAGCGACCACACGAAUACAACCUUGGGCAAAAAGCCAAUAGAAGACACACACAAAAAGUACUGCAUUGAUUGAACAAUACUAAUAAUGAGUGGUCCCAAAGCGUACAUUGCUGCACGAGACGAUGUCAAGAGCACUACUGGCCAUGUGAUUGUAGACGGCAAACCCUACUUCCCCUUACUGAAAGCCGAUGGUGCCGACCAUGCAUCGAUCCGUGAGGUUGUGGCCCAAAUUUUGAGCAUUCCCGUCCGCAAUGACUGGCCCAUUUCGGUCGUAUCGGGUGGAAUCACCAACCAAUUGUUUCGCGUCACACUGACAACUUCCAACGGCAACAAGAGCGUUCCCUCCUCGAUUCUCCUUCGUAUUUUUGGCGCCGAAGGAAUGAUUGACCGCGAUGUGGAAAAUUCCACCUUUGCGGCCCUGUCGACCCAAUGUCUGGCACCUCCGUACUUUGGUCGCUUUCAAAACGGUCGCUUGGAAGGAUGGUUGGACGGGAUGGCAUGCCUGACGCCACGCGACAUGGCGUUGCCCGCCAUUUCCCCCAAGAUUGCCGAGCAAAUGGCAUUGUUGCAUGCCAAAUUCGAAAUUCCCGACGAAUUGGUCGACUACCACAAUCCACAACAACCGUCUUUGUGGACGCAACUGCAAGAUUGGAUGGAACAAGCCAUGCGGGCCACGGAUUUUGGCAACGACACGGAGCGUGCAGAAACCAUGGUCUCGUCGCUACUAAAGAAUUUGGAUACCGAAUUUGAGUGGUUGCGAAACACCGUGGUGCCGUCGGAUUUGCCAGUGGCAUUUUGUCACAAUGAUGUAUUGGGCGCCAAUGUGCUUUAUAACGCAACAACAGGUGUCCUUCGAUUGGUGGAUUUCGAAUAUGGUGGAGUCAACUACAAGGCAUUCGACAUUGCCAAUCACUUUAACGAGUUUGCCGGUGGCAGUACCGAAAAUGGUGUGACCAACUACGACUGGUUCCCCAAUAAGGAGGAUCAAUGUGCCUUUCUCAAGGUAUAUCUCGAAUCAUCAUCCCAACAGCAACAAACACCCUCUGACGAGGAAAUCCAAAAGUGGUACGAUCAAGUCCAGGCGUUCAUUCUGGUUAAUCACUUGUAUUGGGGAACUUGGGCUGUCAAUCAGGCUGCCACAGAAGGUUGUGCUGAUUUUGAUUACUUGCUUUUUGGUCACAACAGGCUUUCACGUUACUUUCAUUGCAAGGCGGAAGCUUAUCCUUCAAGUUAGUUAGUACCAGGUACCACUACUUGAAAAAGAAACCAUAAUAGAAUUUUUUAAAAGACAUGUUUUUGACUGU